AUGUUUUCAAAACAUGAUAUAAGUUAUUAGUGUUCAUUUAGUUCGCAUCAAGCAACGAACUGAGAACUUUUGUGCGAUAAUGUCAGUGUUGAAUAAAAGUAACAGGUCUACGGUAUUGAUUGCCAUACUGUUCUGCCUUUCUGAACAACUCAUCAGACACUCCAAUGCUCAGUGUAUGUUCAUUCCUCAAAAUUCAUACUCCUGCAAAGGAGUUGGUAACGAAGAAUUCCUCUAUGAAUUUUAUCGAAAUUUUCGAGAAGAUGAUAUCUACGAAAUCAAUACAAUGACAAUUGUGGGGGGUAACUGGAUGGUCAUAGAGUAUUUUCCUAGAAUUCCGAACAGCAGGCGAUUCAACACCAUCGAUAGCUUAGCGAUUAACAAUGCUUCCGUCGAAGUAGUUGGAAAAAAUGCCUUCAAGGAUUUUUCGAAUCUUAAAAGUUUGGAUUUGAGUAGAAACCAACUUGAAACCACUCCUUUCGUUCAGUACUUGCCACAGUCAUUGAAAAGGUUGAAUCUUGCAGGUAACAAGAUCAAAUAUGUUGAUACAUUCAUCAGGAUGAGCCUGACUUACUUAGAUAUGAGUGAUAAUGAAAUAAGUUCUUUGAAUUUCGAAAGUAUUGGUGGAAUACAAUAUCUCAAUUUUAGUAAAAAUAGGAUAACUUCUUUGACGGGCUUCUCAAAUAAACCAAUAAGCUUGAUCAAUCUUAGUGGCAACAAAAUUACAGAAUUCAACGAAAGCAAAUAUGCAAGGAAUUUGGAAUCAUUGGAUCUCAGCUUCAACAAUUUGAGAGUAGUGAAACUCUGCUGCAAUAAAAAAUUUCUGAACUUAUCCAACAGCAAUAUUAGCCACUUUGAAGUAGAAAAAAGUGUGUAUUGGAGCGGAAAUUAUAGAAAGUUGAACGUGAAAGAAGUAGAUUUAACAAAUAUCGAGAUAAGUCUAGGUGGUUACAUACGAGGAUGCUUCAAGCUGAAAAACCAAAUGAAGGAAAUAUCACACCUUGAAGACUUUAAACAAAUGGUCAUUUCGGGUGCAACCGUUGAUCUUUCAUAUUCAACAAUUACCAGCAUUCCCAAACACGCUUUCAAUAAUCUCGAUUUGAAUUUACUCAAUCUGAGUUAUGUGAAUAUAAGCAAGUUAAAUAUGUCAACAUUCCAGAACUCUCAUGUGGAUAUCUUAGAUUUAUCCCAUUCGAAUAUCAAAACUCUCCAAGCGAAUUCGUUUCUCGAAGUGACCUCCAGACUGAUAGACUUGAGCUAUAAUGAAAUAUCAAACGUAAAAAAUGUUUUCCACAGAGUGAAAGUAAACAACAUCGAUUUAUCUUUCAACAUCUUCAAAGUCAUAACCAAUAAUUCAUAUGAAGGUACUGAGGAACUCGAAACUCUCAUUCUAUCAAACUGCCUAAUAGAAAUAAUUGAAUCACAGGCAUUCAUCAACUUGCCAUACCUGACAGUGUUGGACCUCAGUAACAAUGCUCUGGUCAUCUUGGAGAAGAACACCUUCCACGAUUUAUCUUUGACGAAGCUCAAGCUGGAGGGAAAUAAAAUAAUCACAAUUCGUUCGGAAUCUUUCAGGAAUCUGCCCAAUCUGAUGAACUUGAACUUAUCCCACGUUCACUUGAACAAUUUGGAGCUGAACGCUUUUACGAAUCUGUCAAGCAUCGAGUACAUCGACCUCAGUCAUAACGAUCUCGAAGUUAUACCACCUGAAGUUUUCGUGGACACACCCCGGCUGCAGGAGGUAGACUUCUCCUACAAUAACCUGAGCGCCUUGAACAAGUUCUCAAAUAAACUGGGGAUUCGGAAACUCAUCCUAACAUUCAGAGGUACCUUCACUUCCAACAAGAUUUCGAACAUCAACAUAAGACAUUUAGCUUUGACACAUUCCACAAUAGACACCUUGAAAGCUGAUAGUUUUCAAGGAUUAUUCGCUUUGGAAGAACUUCAUUUCAACGAUUCCUUCAUUGGUUUUGUAGAGUCCGGAUCUCUGAACGACUUGUUCAGUUUGCGUUAUUUGGACUCCCCGAAUCUUUUUAAACAUAAUCAAAAAAUCGAGGUUGGCACUUUUAAGGAUCUGAGAUCGCUGAGACUGCUGAAUUUAUCGAUGCUGUCGAUUAAAACUGUGGAAUCCAUGUCAUUCAGUGGACUGGACAGUGUUGAAGUGAUUCUGUUGAACAACAACAAUCUUGUUCAUCUGGAACGGGAUACUUUUCUAGGUUUAACGACUCUCGCAAUAUUGGAUGUGUCCUACAAUCACAUCAGUGAAUUUGAUGAGUAUGUUUUCAAACCACUAGAGAAUCUUCAGGAACUACAUUUGGAGCACAACGAAUUGUUGAGGAUAGAGCCAAAUUCUUUGAAAUAUUUGACAACUUUGAGAACUUUGCGUCUGGAUCAUAACAAUAUUAAUCAUUUGGCAGCUGACUCCUUCUCAACAUUACAAAAUCUGCGUGAACUCCACUUAAAUGUCAAUAACCUGCAGAAAUGGCCUUUGGGGGUUUUCCAGUAUUUGCCGAAUUUGGCUUUCUUGAAUUUGAGUGGAAAUAAGCUAGAAGCAUUCGAAAACGGGGCCUUCUCCAAUUUGGUUGGCUUGACUGUUUUGGACUUGACCAAUACCUCGUUGAAUGAACUGAAUGAGGUUGGUGUGUUCUUUUCCAUGAGGAAAUUGGAGCAGCUGUUUCUUGAUGGAAAUCGUCUGAAACAUUUCGACUUUGGAAGACUGAUGACGAAUUCGAAACACCUGCGUUACGUGGGAAUUUCCCAUAAUAAAUGGCAGUGUACUGACUUAUCGAUGAUGAUAGAGACUUUCAACAAUAGGAGUGUCAGUUACAAACCCAAAACUCCGGUUUAUGAUAGUCAUAAUAUUGACGGGAUCAGCUGUAUAGAUGUUUGCGAUUAUGUAUAUUGUCAACAUGAAUAUGUUCAAUCAAAUUUAUCAUAAACUUUUGUCAAUUUGAUGAUC